CCACUCAUUGUAUGGAAGUUACCGUUGCAGAAAUUACUAGGCAAUUUUGUACAUGGAAUCUUUUUGCUCAACAAAAUGGUGAUAUUAAAACAUCACAAGGAGGGUUUGACUUCAAUGUUGGAGGCUGA